AUGACUCACCUGCUACACGGGGCCGUGCUGCUGGGGAGCCUGGGCAUGUGGAUCACAGCACAAGAGCUGCUCGCUCCACCGUCACAGGUGAAGUUCAAGUCCACGGACUACAGAAACGUCCUGCACUGGACCCCACCCUCCAACAGCUCCUCACUGCUGUACAAUGUCCAAUGGAAGAUCUACGGAGAGCCUGAUUGGUUGGACGCUGCGAACUGCCAGGGGAUCCACAAGCGCCACUGUGACCUCAGCGGCGUCACAUCGAAAACCAGCGAGUGGUACUACGCCCGAGUGUCCGCGUCUUCCGCUCCCUCCAGCAGUAGAUCGGCUUGGACCCUGUCCCCCAGAUUCAGCCCCCGCUGGGACACCAAAAUCAGUCCCCCUUCACUGAAGGCCAGCGUCACCACGCGAGGCGUCACGGUUCAGGUGAAGGCCUCUCGGGCGCUGCUCCGCAAGCUGCACCACAGCCUGCUCUACAACGUCUACGUCAUCCACGCCAACAAAACUGAGGAGGUGUUUGAGGUGGCCUACAGCUCCAAUAAGCUGAUGCUGACCAAGAUGAACCCCCAAACUAAAUACUGCCUGCAGGCUCAGACCGUCAUCCCCUGGCAUGCCAAAAGCAGCGUUAGGAGCACUGCGAAAUGCAUCAAGACGCCCUGAACACACAGAGGAACUCGUCUGGCCUGACUCAUCACUACAGCUUUAAUUGUCCUCACUACCUCGACAGCA